UGAACCACUCCCCGUUCUUGGCUCAAUUAAAACAGCUUCUAAAACCCGUCCUAACCACUUUCUUCCUCAUCCCUUCACUUUGAAAUUUAAGAAGCGCGCGCAGUUUUUCAGUUUCUAGGGUUUUCGGAUUUUGAUUGUUCCGGCGUCGGAAAUGGCGUCAACCGCGCCCGCAACCACCGCAGCUAAGUCUUCUGACACCGCAAAAAUAGUCGACGCCUCACUCUGGUGGGAUUCUUUCAGUGCACUUCUCACCGAGCUUGAAAACGCCUCCGUGUCAUCCGAAACCCCUCCAGAUUUGGGUAGGAAGUUGAAGGACAAUCACUCUUGGUUUUUGGACACUGUGUCACAAUUCAAGCCGCCCAAUCAGAAAUCGAGAGAAGCAUUGGAUUCACCACGCGUGAAAGUUGGCCCGCACGAGUUGAAUAUCCAGCCGAAAUUGAAAGACGCUGCACUGAAGAUUAGUAGUAUCUUGUGUUUAGAUGAGGUGCAAUCAUAUAUCAUUUCCAAAAGAUCACUGGAGCGCCAUAAUGCAACAACUCAUGAUUUACAUCCAGAUAUUAUAAAUUUGGUCAUUCUUGAGUACUACAUUGAACGGCAAUGCUUGUUGAAGUGCACAAGACAGAUCUUUAUGCAUGCCUUGUAUUUUGAAACUGAGUCAGAAGGAGUUUCUACUGUACUGGAGGUGGCAAAACGGUUAACUUCUGGUGGACUCGAAUGUAAAUUACUUUCUAUCUUUGAGGACCUGCUAUCAUCUAAAUACCCGGAUCAGAUGGAUUUUGAUCUCUACACUUUAUGGGCAGAGGAAACACUUAUAGAGGACAACUUAAUCCUUGACAUUCUUUUCCUUGUUUAUUGCGAGUCAUUUUGUGCUUGUGACGCUGAAUGCUGGAAAAGAUUAUGUGCUCUAUAUGAGGGUAUUGUGAAUGGAUCUUACAACUUCCAGAAGCUGGCGAUAUCACCAGAUGCUAUUCGUGCUAUAUAUCAUGCCAAAGUGCAGCUGAUGCUCAUUCUCAUUCAGUCUUUAAACCUGGAAAGUCUCCUUCAGAUGAUCCAUGAUAACAUUUCUUUCAGGCAGGGAUCACUUAGUUUUUCCGAGAUGGAAGUUCAACAAAUUGAUUCAAUGAUUUCUAGCUUCAAUACUUUUGAGUACAAAGAAUUAGGCCCUCUGAUCUUAGCAUGGGCUUUGUUUCUUUGUCUCGUUUCUUCUCUGCCAGAGAAAGAGGAAAACAAUAUGUUGAUGGAGAUAGAUCAUAUCGGUUAUGUUCGUCAAGCUAUGGAGGCUUCAUCUUUGAGAUAUUUUCUUGACAUUCUAGAAAGUGAUACAUUUAAAUAUUCAGAUGGUCCUCUAGCUGGUUACCGAAGUGUUUUAAGAACGUUUGUUUCUGCAUUUAUUGCAUCUUAUGAAAUCAAUAUCCAGUUUGAGGAUGAGAACCUGAAAUUGAUAUUGGACAUACUCUGCAAAAUAUACAACGGGGAGGAGUCCCUGUGUGAUCAGUUUUGGGAUAGGGACAGCUUUAUUGACGGCCCUGUCAGGUGUCUUCUUUUCAACAUAGAGGGGGAAUUUCCAUUUAGAACUAUUGAGCUUCUUCGCUUGUUAUCAGCCCUGAGUGAAGGUGCAUGGCCGUCUGAAUGCGUAUUCAAUUUCCUUGACAAGUCCACUGGACUGUCGACACCAUUUGAGAUUAUGAAUGGCCCAGUAGUGGAUGCUGUUUCAAAGAUCGUUGAAACACAUUCUCCCUUGCAUGUUGCUGGGGUUGAAGGCUUGAUAAUUCCUGGAAAAUCUAGGGGUCAAGUAUUGAGAAUGCUCGACGACAAUUGUGCUCUGGUCAGGUGGGAGCAUACAGAGUCUGGAGUUCUUGUUUUGCUUUUGCGGUUGGCUAAAGAGUUGUAUAUGCAAAAUCCAGAGGAAGUAAUUUUUAUUCUUGACUUGCUCAGUCGAUUGGCGAGUUUUAACACGGCUAUCUGUUGUACUCUCACGAAAUCUUGGAAUUGCUCCUGUGAUGGAGACUAUGUUAUGGGGAAUGAGCAGAGUUAUUUGCGCAUAGACAUUGUCGAGAUUGUUUGUGUUGUGCUGAAAAAUGCCCCCCCAAGCAUAAGUGGUGCCAUAAUGAUGUCCAUGGGGGUAAACAUAUUGACGAAAAUGUUGAAAUGCAAGCCGUCUCAUGUAGCUUCAAUGGCCAUGAAGGGAAAUAUCUUUGAUGUUGCCUUGAGGACGAACCCCUUUGAUGUUGGAUCCAACAAUUUAUCCAGUGGAUCCUGGUUGCUCUCUGGAAGACUUGCCAAAAUGCUUUUGAUUGAUUGUGAACAGAGUGACUGCUCAAUGACUCUGUCAGUGCUUGACUUCACAAUGAAUCUACUGGAGAAAGGAUUAGAAACUGAUACCGUCCUUGCACUCAUCGUUUUCUCACUUCAGUAUGUUCUCAUUAAUCACGAGUUUUGGAAAUAUAAGGUGAAACCUGCUCGUUGGAAGGUGACACAGAAGGUGCUUGAAGUCAUGAGGAAAUGUAUUUCGUCUAUCUCAUGGUGUCCCAAGCUGGGGGAAGUAGUUCGUGAUAUUAUGUUUUCUGAUUCUUCUAUACACUCUGCAAUCUUCCGAAUUGUUUGUACGACCGCACCAACUUUAGAGAAACAUCAUGUAUCUCGUUUAUUUGACAUACUGGAUAUUGAGGGAUUAGAGCUUGCAAUAUCCUCUGGGCUGGAUGUCUUGCUCAGCAUGAUAUUCACUUUUUCAAAGCAUCCACAGGGUAGUUCUGUUUUUCAUGAAGCAAUUCUAUCAAUGACGACAAAGCCAGUACCUGUGAUCACUGCUGCCAUAUCAUUUAUAUCAUACUUCCGUAAUGAUACUAUACAAAUAGCUGGCGCAAGAUUGCUCUCUGCUUUGUUUAUGGCAGAUAUCUCACAGUCCUAUACCCACAACAAUAUGAAUCUUGGUUUGGAUGAUAAGCAGGUUGCCCAUUUCAGGAAAUCUAUUACCAGCAUUCUUUUUCAGCAGUCACCUUCGAGUGAGGAUCUCAUCAUUGCUAUUUUGAGGUUCCUAACUUCUGCUGCAAGCAAUCAGCCUGCUUUUCUUGCUGCUGUCAUUGCGUCGAAGGAGUACUCAAAUACUCAAGUGCAAAAUGCCCCUGAACAUCAGCCAAAGAAAACUGAGAAUGAAUCAUUAGAUUCCUUGGAAGAAAGUCUUUUAUAUGCAAUUUUGCAGUACCUAAAAGAUUCUGAAGACUUAUUACAUAGGAAACCAAAUAUGUUGUUAUAUUUGUUGAAAUUUCUAAAGGCACUUUGGCAAGGUGCUCCUCAGUUCUCGAAGAACUUGGAACAAUUAAAAGUUGCAGAUGAGUUCUGGAAACAUUUGACCCGUUCUCUGGUGCUCAUUGCUCACCGAGACAACAUAUCUGAGAAGUUAACUGAAAUGGAUCUCCAAAACAUGGCCUGCGAAUGUCAAAUCCUGUCCAACGUAUUGGAUAUACUAAGCUAUGAGAUUUUUGUGCAAAAGAAGUUGAGACAUGCUGCAUCAGUUGCCAACAGAAUAUCUACUUCACCUCCUAAUGGAGCAGAAAAAACUGAGCAUAAUUUUAAAAAAAAUGGAAGCCUAAAGGAGACUAUUUCAACCUGGUGUAAGACUUCAGUUUUGAGUGACUUGAUCAAGGUCUGUGUUUCCUCAGAAUAUGAUGAAAGUAGUCAUACACGUGCCAAGGUUGCUGCUGGUUCAUUUGCUGUUCAUGUGAUGGUUAAAUUAAGAAGUGGUGACUCAGGCAGCUUGUCUGUGUCACUAAUUGAAAGGAUUUCAGCAUUGUCAGAAAAGUUAUUCAAGUUACCAGCCUUUUCAGAUUUGUUGACCCAGUAUACUGAGCGUAGUUACAGUGGAGGACAGGAGUUGGAGAAUCUGAUUCUAAGUGAUCUGUUUUACCACAUCCAAGGAGAGCUUAAUGGCCGUCAGAUUGACAACGGACCAUUUAAAGAGUUAUUACAGUUUCUGAUCGAUUCAAGAUUUCUGGAUGCCUAUAAAUAUGCAAGGGAUGAUGAUCUUCCCGCCAACGUCAAGAGUGUCUACCUGUAUGAUACUGUUCGCCUCAAAACAGACCUUGGAUUAGAAAUGUGGGAUCUUCUUGCUUGGAAAGAGUCCAAGGACCUUGUGGAAACUAUGCUCCUUUCUUUGCAAGAUGUAAAUUCAAGAAUGUUGCACUCUACUUCCAAGCAUUCAGCUUUGCGUGGGCUUGUUACUCUAUUGUACAUGCGCCAGAACAAUGAUGAAGAUUUGACCGGACUGAAGAUUUCUGAGCAAGUAGUUUCUUCAGGCAUUGACCACAUAUGUCAGUCUAUCCAUGCCUCAAUGGCAUCUUUGACUCCUGCCGGCGAUGCUAGUGUAGAUAUUGUGCUAGAUAUUCUUACAGCUCAAGCAGAGCUACUGCUACUUCUCCUCAGAUCAGUUGAAACAAAACUUUCUCAGCCUGAUCGUGUUCUUAUUUUAAAGGCCUCAAGCUAUGGCCUCAAAGUAUUGAGCGGCUGCAGGCUAACUCUUGCUGCUGAAACAGCUACUAGGUUUUUGCUUAUUUUGAUCCUUUCAGUUAAGCUGACUUGCAAGGAUUCGGGUUUAGGCUAUUCAACUGAAACUGAAUCAACUGAAGUUUCAUCUGAAGUUUCUUAUUCAAGUUUGGGGCUAUUACCUGUUCUCUGCAGCAUUCAGCACCCAGAUAAUUGUAUCCUAUCCUUGGCUGCCAUUGACUUUAUACUGAAAGGUUUCUCAACCCCUGCUACUUGGUUCCCCAUCAUACAGAAGCAUUUCCCGUUGCCACAUAUUGUUCAGAAGCUCCAAGAUGCAGCUGCGUCCAAAAUGGUUCCAAUCAUAUUAAAAUUUCUUUUGAAUCUUGCACGCGUGAGACAGGGUGCUGAGAUGCUUCUAAAUGCUGGUAUCCUAGCAUCACUAAGAAUGCUGUUGUCUGACUUUCCAGAUGGUGGACCUCUCUCUGUAAUCCAAAGUGAGAGCAUCCUUGCCAAUAUUGACAAAACCGAAAAGUCUCAACCCAUCUGGGGGCUGAGCUUGGCUGUACUUACAUCAAUUAUCCAUUCUUUGGGAGAUAACUCUGCAAGUGUUGUGGAUUAUGUGAUGGCAUGCAUAUUAAUUGAGAAAGCACCUUCAGUUUUCUAUUACCUAACUGCACCAGAUCUCCCAACAAACGGUCAUGAAAAUAAAAGAGCCCGUGCAUUGAAAUCAAACACUUCCUUAGAUGAGCUUAAAGCCACACAAAAUACUUUGGCUCUAAUUUGUGUCUUGGCGGAGCACUCAAAUUCGUGGAAGAAAAACCUGCAAAGCAUGGAGUCCCAGUUACGGGAAAAAAGCAUCCAUUUGUUAGCCUUCAUUAGUCGAGCAACUCAGCACCCUGGAGAAUCACCUCGGAGGGAAGCUCCUUUAUCCUGCCAUCCUGUGCUCAAAGAAGAACUUGAGUUGUUCAAGAAGCCUUCAUUUGUAAACAGUAAAAAGGGUUGGUUUGCUCUAUCUGCUCUUGGAUGCAAGUCAAAUCACAGCUUGUCACUCUUGUCCUCUAAAUCAACUGCUCUGAUCUUGAGAGAUCAGUCGAAUGAAAAUAUCAAUUCCUCUCAUCAGACACAUUUGUCAGAUUUAAUUGCAAUCGAGAUGUACAAGACUGCAUUCCUGCUCUUGAAGUUUUUAUGCACACAGACUGAAGCAGCUGCCAGAAAGGCAGAGGAGGUUGGUUUUGUUGACAUUGCAAAUUUCCCUGAGCUGCCAAUGCCCGAUAUUUUACAUGGCUUGCAGGAUCAAGGGAUUGCCAUCAUCACAGAACUGUGCGAAGCCAACAAGACAAAACAGGUGGCUUCGGAAAUAGAGGAAGUCUGCACUUUGCUGCUACAAGUAACAGUAAUGGCAUUAUACUUGGAGUAUUCUGUCAUACAAAUUUGUGGCAUUAGGCCUGUAUUAGGCCAUGUCGAAACAUUCUCCAAGGAACUACGCCUUCUUAUUAGAGCAACGGAGGGCCAUGUGUUCUUGAAAGAGCCACUGACAAUUUUGAAACAAAUUGUAGCAGUUGUGUAUCCUGAGUUAGUACACCAAGACGCCUUGUUUUGAGAUUGAUGUAUAUAAUAUUUUCACCAAUUAUGUGUUCACAUUUGUAGUAGAACUCUCUAAAUUUGUGUCGUUCCUAACUUUUGAGGCCCUCAUCUUGUUAUCUCGAGGCUAGCAUCACUCGAGAUAUUGUUCGUUCGUCUCAUCUCAAGCUUAACAAGACUUGGCUUGAAACCUCCGUGAGUGCUUUCAAGCAUAGAGUCAAUCAUAAUGGUUCUGAGUCGAGCUCGAGCUUGAGCUUUAGUCACUUGAGCACCUGUCUAGCUCUCGACUUCAUCGAAUUAUUGUAAAUCUAAUCUUUCUUAGAAUGUAUUUCUUGUUUUGAUUUUUUAUUCAAGUAGUACUAUCAUUUAUGAAAUGAUAGAAUUGCUUUUGUGAA